UUUUACGUACAUUUUUCUCCGUUUAGAUGAGUAUUAUUUGGAGUCGGUUGUAAUUUGGAAUAACAACAUUACGUGCUCCUUUUUUAAAGUUAAACGUACCAGUGGUUGGGGUGCCGGUGCAUAUUCAAAUAAGCCCAACCACAUGAAGAGAAAAGCAGAAGUCCUUACACUUGAAUCUUGUAAACGAGUUAAGGUUACUGGUAGCUUAUUCCCAAGUAAUUCACCUGAAAAUGCUGAUAGUUUGACUUUUGCUGUUAUUCGCAGCAGGGGCUGCAAACGGAAGUUUCAGUCGGAAGGAAAUGACCGGUCUUUUCAGGGAGAUGAAGUAGAACAAACACAACGUGGUAUAGCGGCAUUACCAGUUAAGGUCGAAUUUAAAAAUCCCGGGAAGUGUAUAAUGACAUCCUCCCUUUCUGAUAACCAAGGCUUGCAAGACCAACCCCUUGAACUCUCUCAUGGGUCGGAAGAAAGCUCUAGAAUUCAGCGUCAUGUCACCGUAGUAGAUAGUGCUUCGGAUGAGAGCAGCAUGCAGGAUGAAGAAGAAUUUUGGCAGUAUAAUUCAUUCCAGUACUGGCGGACUCCCUUGGUUCAGGUGGAUUUUUCAGAGAUCGAGGAUUUUGCUGCAGAGAGGAUGGCCGAUGUUCGAAUGCCAGACACUGUAGACAACUUUGGGAUGGAUGUAGAAGAUUGAUAAAACUGCUUAUUAGAAGAUGCUGAAGACUGUUUUAGACUAAACCAUUUGUAACUGGGGGGAAAAAUGAGCACCCAGCACUGGCCAAAGAUAACGCUUCAUUUUCUGAAGUAAAUGUGGUCUCAUUCCUUUAUUUUUCCAAGUUUUGAGACCUGUUAAAUGUUAAAAGUGCAGCCAAUGUUCAAGACCCAUUGUGUUUGAAUGUAAAUGUUAAUGUUCAUGUUUGUCACCAAUGCAGAUCUGCUAAAUAAGUCUUGAUUUGUCGAAUUUGUUUUAAUACAUGUAAUGGCAGUUAUGAGGCUCUGUUAAAGAAAAUGGAUACACUUUUUUAUAUUUAAUGUUUAUCUGUCUACAUUGCAGAUGUUUAAUAUGUGCAUCAGUGUUGCAGUAGCCUACACUAUAUGGGUCUUAGCCCUCUACACCAGCCAGCUUUGAGGUGCUCCAGCUGUGAGGAGCAUGCAGAAAACACUGUUUAAGACGGUUGGUAUGCAGAUUUCUUCAGAGCUUUUUUUGCUGCUGAAGUGUGCUUCAUUCUGUGGUCCCCGUAAUCUGUCAGUCAGCUAGCAAUCUUAUAUGAUUGGUGCAGAUGUUCUUGAGGAAAGUCUUUACCAUUUUUGAGUUAAUUUUAUGAAGAAAGCAUGGUUUUUGUUCUUUCAUUUGAUGCUUUGCUUUUGCUAUGAAACAAGAAUGUUAACGAAGUAUCUCUACAACCGAGUGCGCCUCCAUAUUGUGCCUCCUGUUGGCAGAUAUUGGUUUUUCAUAAUUGCAUUAAUUCCAAAACCAUGCUGCAUACAAGGUAUUAGAAUAUUUUAUCUUGAAGCGUACAUGAUGACCAACACAACUGUAUUGAUGUUUGACGUCUGUUAAUGAGCAUUUGUUAGAAGUGUAAGGUGAUGACUUCAUUUUUUUAAAGGAUGUUUUAUCUAAUAUGAAAGAGGUGUUUGUUGGUCCAAAAUGAAAUGCAUAUUGCAUAGAAAAUGA